AUCUCUCUUUAGUCUUCAAAUUAGUUAUCAGCGCCGUCCCUGACUACUAAUUUAGGGUUUCCAACGUUUAGAGUGUUUCCUCGCCGUUCGUCCUUGUCCUCUCUAUCUUUUUUCGCUCCCGAGAGUUCUAAAAUCAUGGGAUUUUCCAAUAUUUGGAAUUCUCAUCCCAAAAAGUACGGUCCUGGUUCCCGCACAUGCCGUGUGUGCGGAAACUCCCAUGGGUUAAUCAGGAAGUAUGGUCUUAACUGCUGUAGACAGUGCUUCCGCAGCAACGCCAAGGAAAUCGGAUUUAUUAAGUACCGUUGAAGAAGAUCAGUGUCUCGCUUGAUUGCGUGGGGGGCAUCAUGUCUUUUUCGUUUAAAAACUUUAAGCCCAAAAUAUUGUAAUGGAUUUAUUGUCAAUGAUCUAUUUCGUUAAGCCGUUGAAUCUUUUAGUUGCUUUGUUAUUUUCAUAAAUAUAUGGUUGCCUGAUUGAUCAGAAGCAUUCUCUAUAGAUUGUAAUGAAAUAAUGUUGGAACUGGUCCAGAGGCUUUAGGUUAACUAUACAAAGACAAUUCUC